UAAUUUGCAGGUUUACAACCCUAAGCCACCUUAGCUACUCAUUCCUUCCCAUAUCAAACCAAUCACUGUUUCGCCCAAACCAAAAGUCUCCUCCUUAUUUUAGGGUUCGCCUUUCGUACGCGGGAAUCAUUUUUCUCAUUAACUAUAAAAUAAUCAGUAGUAGGGCAGUUGGACGAUCAAUUCACAACGACCAUUCUCAGUUUACUAUUGAAAAUCCUCAUUAAAAAACCCAUUACAAAGUAAUUAAAAUGGUGUUUGCAGUCUAUAAAUACUAAUCCUAGGGUUACAAGGGCCUGCCAUAUAUGACCUCUCUAUCUCUCUCUCAUAUAUAUGCCGGUUUCUGGUUUUGGGUCAGUGAAUCAAUUGGAGAAUUCCAGUGCUGUGCUUGAAGGGUUUGAAGAAGACGGUGCAGAGGGAGUUGGGUCUUGCCCAAUCAUGAGGAAGCGACAGGUCGUUGUGAGGAGAGAUGAAGCUCCAAGCUCCACUGCUUCAGCUUUCACGGUGAGGACUGUGAAGUACGGUGAGUGCCAGAAGAACCACGCGGCGAGCGUUGGAGGUUACGCCGUCGACGGGUGCAGGGAGUUCAUCGCGAGUGGGGAAGAGGGCACAGCCAAUGAACUUGUUUGUGCCGCCUGCGGCUGCCACCGGAACUUCCACCGAAGGGAGGUGGAGACUGAGGUAGUGUGUGAUUCUUCACCUUCCUCAAAUGGGAGGUAGCUUGCUACAAUAUGAAUCCAUAAUAAAUUUAGCUCAUGCAAUGAAUUGACUUCUGGCUUUCUUCUUCUUUUGAGUUUGAGAUCUCUCAGUAGAAGUCUAUUUUUUUUUCUCUUUUGGGUGCAAUCUGAUGAUUUGUAGUAGUUUUCAUGGUUUCGUGGUUUAUCUGUGAACAUGAGUAAACUCCCUCAGCUCUGUAAGAUAUACUGUGCUUUUGAAGGAGAUACAUAUAUAUAUAUAUAUAUAUAUACAAAUA